AUGGCGGAGGCGUUCUGCUGCUGUGUGCUUCGUGCCACCUCGCCCUCUCUUUCGCCCUCUCGCGGGCUCGCCGCCUCCCUUUCUCCCACCUCGUCGUUGCCCGCCGUCUCCCACCUCCGGCAUCGCCCUCCUCCUCCCCCACCACCGCCUCAUCCGCCUGCUCCGCCACCCGCUCGUCCGCCUCCUCCCGCCGCCCCUCGCGCUCCCCUUUGCCUUCCUCCCGCUCGCCGCCGCCACGCCCCCUGCUCCCUCCUCCUCCACUCCUCUGCUCCCCAUCUGCUCCCCCUCCCCGCCGCCCUCCUCCCUCCCUCCUCCCGCCUCCUCCUCCUCCCGCCCUCCUCCUCCUCCCUGCCCCCUGCUCCGCUCCUUCCUCCCUCCCGCGCCUCCCGACCUCCUCCGCCCGCCGCCUCGUUCCUCCUGGCCUCGCGACCUCCAGGCGCCCGCCUCAGACCUCGCCGUCGCUCGCCGCGCGCCCUCCUCCUCCUCGCCGCGGCGGCGGCCUCCCUCGCCUCGUCGCUCUCCGCCGCCGCGCCCAGGGGCUCGACGGCGGCCGGCGCCUACUUCGUCGCCGAGGCGGGGCUCGCCUGCGCGGGCGCCGUGGGCGGGCUCUGGGCGGCGCAGAGCGGGCUCAGCCUCUACGUCGACGCGUGCGUGCCCGCGGGGUGCCACCGUCUCCUGGACGCCGGCGGCGCCGCGCCGCCCACCACGCGGUGCGACGUCGAGGAGGCUAGGCUCAGGGCCGUCGCCGUCAUGGAUCUCGCCCUGUCCGUGCACUGCGUCGUCGUGGCUGCCGUCGUGGCCGGGGUGCUCCUCGGGGUGGCGAGGUGGUUCGGGGUUGACAGCAGCGCUGGUGUGGGGAGGAGGCAUAAUGGAUCCUCCUAUGAUGCAUUGCCCACAGUGGCGUCUGCUGGGGCAAUGGCGGAGAUGGAGCAUUUGCAGGGGAAGGGUGUUGUUGGCAAGAGCGUGGCGCAGGAGUGA